GUGAGGGCGUCCCUCCAAUUAUCGCUAUCAAACACGAAACGUCACUUUUCCCAUCACAAACCUCACUGUCGCCGCGCAUUGGACCUCGGUCUCACAUCUGAUAUAGCUGAAAGCUCGUUUGGUCGCCUACCUGCAUUUCAGACCAGUAUUCAAUUCCGUGUACCGCCCGUUACUUAGGUAGCUUGCCGUUUCUUCAUCUGGACCCAGAGCUCCUUCCUCCGCUCAACUCUGCGCGAAAACCCCUACCUGCAUUCGAGCAACCGCGCAAGUCGCGCCGCCGCCAAAAUGUCGGCGGUCUCGGCGCCUUCGGGACCGCAGGCCUUCACCUCAUCCUACGCGCCCAGAUUGCGCACGUACAACAACUCGCUCCUCAUCCCUGUUAUCAACCAGCCGCAAGCUGGCCCGAUAUCACGCACAACCAAACGAGGAACGACGGUAAUUAACUAUGCCGAAGACGGCUACGACGACUACGAUGACGACGAUGACGACAACCGACGCCGACCGACCGGUCUGCGAAGUUUGCGCCGCGAAGAUAGCGUGAACAAAGCCGACCCUUCCGAGAGGGUCAACAAGGAGACGACGACACCCGUGACGGUGCCAGGCAUUUGGAGGGAGUGGAUGGGCAAGACGCGCAUCAACAGGCCAGAAGCGCACAAUUUUGCCCAGGCGCAGCUCCCCCUGACUCUGAUUCCCAUCAGGCUGGACGUUGAGAUCCCCGCAUUCAUACCGGGCCCUAACAUAUCCAAGGUCGACGACCCCAAUCAACCAAAGGAGAUGACGCCGCCGUAUCGCCUGAAAGACACCUUCAUGUGGAAUCUUCAUGAGACCCUUAUUACGACAGAUCACUUUGCGACACAGCUAGCCCAGGAUCUUGACCUUCCCAACAAGGCGCAUGUCAUCGGCGAGAUCAGCAAACAAAUCCGGACACAGCUUGAGGAGUAUGCCGGUGUCGCACUCCACCCGCUCUUCCACUCUGCGCAGAAGCAAGUCCCGCCAGCCCAAGGAGCAGCAGACCGCGACACAUCGUCUACGCCGAUAAUCGGCCGAUCAGAUACACCACUCCGGAGCGCGGCGCUUGGACGAAACACGCCCUCACGACCCGUGGCGCCAGCCACACCAGUACCAACAACAUCGGUACUACCGGGUGAGGUUACUGCCACUGCUGAGCACGUCACGGCCGACUCGGAAGACUUCAACCUCGACGACACUUAUCGCUGCGUUGUGGAGCUCAACAUACAUCUCGGAUCGCAGCUUUACACGGACAAGUUUGAGUGGUCAUUGCUGCAUCCACCAGGCACAGCCGAGGCGUUUGCCAAAGUGACCUGCGAAGAUCUGGGUCUGUCCGGCGAAUGGGUCCCGGCCAUGACACAUGCCAUCUAUGAGGCGGUGUUGCGACUGAAAAAGGAGGCUUGUGAGUCUGGUGGACUGGUUUCCGGUCUGGCAGGCGAUGUAGGAAGUCUCGAUCCAUCGUUGGGCGUCUACUCUUCGUCUACGGUUCACGGUGGUGCCGCGGCUGGCUGGCGCCACGACCCGGACCACCUUGCCGAUGACUGGGAGCCCCGGCUGGAGAUGCUCUCUAAGGAGGAGAUGGAGAAGCGCGAGGGCGACCGAGAGAGGCAGAUCAGGCGACUGAGGCGAGAAACGGCUCGGUUCAGCAGUUUGGCCGGUAUGGCCGGCGGUGUACCUGUUGGCUUUGGGUUUGGCGGCCUGAUUGAGCAAGAGGAGGAACGUAUGGGACGUGGAGAACGCAGCAAGAAGAAGCGGAGGUUCCGAAGCCUGUCACCAGUCGGUAGGUCGUCCACGCCUGGUGGUAGGGGAACUCCAGACGUCGGCGGCGGUGGCGGCUACGGAGGAGGAGGCUCCCUGACGGAUGCAGAGCGGUAUCAGUGGCGAUGCGCGCACUGCAAGGUGGGAGGAACAUGCGUAUGGGCCGUCCGUGACGGACCACAUGGACCAAGAACAUUAUGCAACAACUGCGGUUUCAUGUAUGAGCGUGAUCAAAAGCUACCGCGGUUCACCAAGAAUUUGCACCUCAACGAUUUACGCUUCGCCUAGUACACGCCAGCAACUCAGAUCGGUGUCGGCUCGUCGCUGCCUGUCAACAAUAGCAGCCGCGGCAGCCUUGGUACUCCGGUAGCUAAAAUCAUUGCCGACAAGAAUCCGUUCAAAAAGAACCAUUGUUAUAGCAUACCCUCCAUCAUGGUCCCGAGAAGCACUAGCAACACUCAGGGUAUUACUGUUUCGCUCCAGCGUGCUGUCUAAUGCGUAAUGGGAAUCAAAACGCUCUCCAUGAUAUACAUGUAAUGCGGAAAAAGUCAUGAUUGACACUUUUCAGGUCAAUCUAAAACGUCAUUCCGAGAAAAAAAAAAAAAAGGGGGUUUUGUGGUUAACUUGUCAAGACUAUGACUGAUCUGGUAGAGGAUUCAUGAUUCUCUUCUUCUCUUCUUCUUCUCCUUCCAUGUGUUGUACUAUAUCUGCUGGCGAUUGGGUUGGGCAUAAUUAUAGCUGCGAAGAUUAUUAUUUUAACUUCUUGCAA